CUCAGGCUCUCUCUCUCCUCGCUGGCUCACACACACACACACACUCUCUCUCUCCCUCCCUCAUCUUUCCCUCCCCUCCUUUCUCGCCUGGCCCGUGUACGUGCCGAGCGAGAUAGGUACAACUUUCACUUGUACCUCCCGUACCUCCUCCCCGGUCACCCUUCAAGCCCUGGCCAAGGUCCCCGUUGCCUUCAACCACCCUGGAGAGUGGCACUUGCUCAAGUCUUCACAGUCUCAACUGGCAGGCUUUCCUUGCCAGAAAAAAUACAACCCUUUGAUCGGCAAUGCCUGUCCACUUCGCUCGUCAUUAAUAGGCCGCGGCCGUCUCCCGACCUCACGAGGCUCUCUUCUCAUUCCUACCACUUCAAAGGUUUUCAUCGGAAGGGCUGACUCGGUUCCUUUCCUUCUACUCUAUAUUACUGUGCCCGCCGCUCUCCUCAGGUCUUCCCGCCGAGUAAUUAUUCACCGCACCAAACCAUCAAGUUAGAUGCGCCUUCAAGACUCGCAAGGACUGCUUCGUAGCCAGCAAUAUCCAUCGCCCAACCCCGCCACUGGACAAUCGGCCUGCUUUCCCUUUCUCAACUGUCAGGACCUCUCCAUCGACAUUCGCAUUACCAUGGCAAACCAGAACUACGUCGACCAGAGACCCGUCCAUUCAGACGGACUGUCAGACCAUAUGGAUAGCAGACGCACGUCCAUGGCCCAGCCUCAUGUUACGGCCUAUCCGGAGCUUGAAAGCCCCCCCUACUCUGUUACAACUUUCAGCCAGCAACACCAGAUCAACGAACAACAUUUGUUGACACCCGUCUCCGCUACCGGCUCGCCUUGUAUCCAGCAGACCGUCAAUCUGCCCCAGUACCCCUCCGCAAUGACGCCAAUGCAGCCGCAAACCAGCCCUGCUGGUCCUUCAAGGAUGCCGUGGCAUCACGCGGUCAGUAUGGACACAGCCCAAAGCCAAGUCGGCUCUCCAAUGUCCAUCAACCAGACAACCUCCGAGGGCCAGUUUGAGAUGAGCUAUAUCCCGGCAGAAAACGACGAUGUCCCCAAGCCACCCGCAGACUACUAUUGGGGUAACUACUUGGUUUCCGAGCAGUCGGAGCCGGAGCAAGGCUCUCUAUCUCCCCAAAUGCCUCCCCGGUACUACAUUUCUCACAACGGACAACAGGCCAUGCAGCCGCAGCCGAUGAUGGGACAGAUGUCUUCCGAGCUGCCCAUGCCACAACACGCUGCCCUUUCUGCCCAAGCGCCAUACUAUUCCCAACAUAACCCUCACGCUUGUGUGGAACAACCCGACAUUGCCCACUUUAAGGACACAGCUUCCAGAAGACGCCAGCUCGGAUAUCACCUUCCAAGCACACAAAUUGCUCGCCAGGAGCCCCCUGUGCAGGUACCCGGUCCUUCAAGGCCCAGCAGCUCUGAGUCAGUAGGACGGGUGGUGAGGCAACCUCGUAUGAGGGGUCGGACCACACCACCCUUGAGAGAAUCGACAGAGACAGACAACAUUGUCCAGGUGCAACUCGAGGAGAAUGUUCCUGAUCUUCCCGAUGACUUCGUUAUCAAAGAAGUUUGCCCGCCCGAACAUCGGUAUCUCUUCGAAAAGCAACGGGAGAUGACGUUGGCGGGCUACAAUGGGCUCGGCAUGUGGGAUGUUAUAACGCCCGAGUUCAAUACCUUGUUCGACGUGGAAUCCAAAACUUCUCGUCUUCAGAUGCUGGUUUCAAGAGGAAGAUACAAGUUCCUAGAGAUGUCACCGAGAGAUCAACACCUUGCGUUGAAGGCAUAUGGGUUUGUCUGCCAGCAAUUUCAUAAGAUGGCUGUACUCAAAUUCAGGGAGUUUGGCGGCGGUCAGACUACGCCGUGGGGUCAGAGUGACCUCGAAGAAUUCGCGGUCGACAUGGGCCUGGUGGAGGAGCGCUAUGUGCCCAUGCCGAAAGAUCCCCAGGUGAAAACACGCAGGUUGAAGAAAGUCAGCAGCCGAUUGCGAUCCGGUGCCUACGCCAAUGCUGUCCUCCAAGAGGUAGCGGAAAACGGCGGUGGGCUUUUUGAGCAGAACCCAGAGCUCCGUGACCAGGUUACGGAUGAAAUAUUCGAGUACAGGGGCGAUGAUGCCGAAGAGGAGGAGGAAGAUCAUGAGGCCAUGCUCGACAUGAUUUCCCAAACUAGCUCAAAGGGAAGUGGUUUCGGAAUCAAGAUCGAAGACGACAAUCAGAGCGUGGGAACUACCUCUGGUAAAGCCGCCAGCACCGGCAAGAUCGCCAGGCCAAGAAAGGCACCGGCGAAGCCCAAGGCGCCGGCGAAGCCCAGGGCACCGGCAAAGCCCAGAGCCAAGGGACGUCUCGCACCAAAGUCCAGGACUUCCUAAGGAGUUUUGCCAAAAAAAUGAUGUGCUGAGCACACACAAGCUACAACAGCCUUUCGAUUCUCUUUUUUUGGUUACUCUCCAUGGUCUCGAGGUUGGGCCAUGCUACUCGAGCCAAAUCAGCUCCGACAUGACGCAUAGAUUGUCGGUUCUUCACACUUUGCAGAAUUCCGUCAUCUUGUUUUUUUCUUGAAAGAAUCAUACCACUCAUUUCGUUGAGCUUCACUAGUGGUGGAGGGGGAGCCUGGUCUGGACUGCAACGGCUUAUUGGGAUUCCGCAUAUCGUCAUCUACGCGCAUACACAUUUAUACUUCUCUGUACAUAUUGUUUGUGGCAUUUUUUCGAAUUAUCCAUCAUAGAUAUACAAGCAUAUAUGGUUUAUCUUUACGCACACACAGAGGCUCCCACCCUGUUCGGCUCUGCGCUAGAAGUCAUCUUACUUGCACCAUCCACCGGUCCACAGAGCCUAAGA